CCUCCAGACAGGCAUAACGUCCGCUGCAUAAAACGCGUUAUUUACAUAAAUUAAAAAGAAACAAGUUUUUUUGUUGUUUUUAUUAUUCUGAUUACAUUAAAUAGUAUCAGUUGACUCAGUAAACAUCUAUUUAAUGCAAUUUUACACCAACUAGGCAGCAUGACGUCUAGAAGCGCGGUGACAUUGAAUAUGGCCUUUAGGUCAUUGUGUAAGAGUUCAAAAUACGGUGUCAUCCCCGUGAGGAGACAAAGUGUGUGGAUACGGGAUCGCGUGGUGAAGUCGGCGCAUAAGAAUGUUAAUAUCCCGAACUGUACACUGAACGAGUUUAUUUGGGAGAAUUUCGACAAGUGGCCAGAGAGGACUGCAUCGGUGUGCUCAUUGACUGGUAGAGGUUAUACCUACGAGCAGGCCUUUUACUUAUCCAACGCGUUCGCUGCUAACCUUCGCACUAAGUUCAACAUCCGAGAUGGCGACGUGGUGUCGGUCAUGUUGCCCAACAUCCCCGAUUUCCCACUAGUGGCUAUAGGCAUAUUAGAAGCCGGAGGUAUUAUUUCCACUAUAAACCCUAUUUACACUGCACAUGAAGUUCAACGCCAACUGCUAUUAUCUAAAGCAAAAGUAGUGGUCACUUUGCCAGAAAUAGCCAAAGUUAUCAAAGAGGCAUUUAAGAUAGCUAAAAUAGACCUACCUAUAAUAGUAAUAAGGACCAACGGAGAUCCUAUACCUGAGGGGACGGUACUAUUCAACGAAUUGUCUGAAGACGUUCACGUAGACAAGUCCUGUUUGAAGAAAGUAAGGAGAAGUGUUAAUGAUAUAUGCUUUCUGCCAUAUUCAAGUGGCACCACAGGACUGCCUAAAGGAGUUGAGCUGUCGCAUAGAAAUAUAAUAGCAAACUGCUUGCAGCUAAACGAACCAUCUAUAAAACAUCACAACGAUACGACUAAAACACAUCAGGAUGCAGUAAUGGCUGUUCUACCCUUUUUCCACAUUUACGGCGCAACGGUGACGAUGCUCCACAAAAUGCUAGUCGGUUGCAAGGUUGUUACAUUGGCAAAAUUUCAGCCAGAACCUUUCUUCAAAGCUCUCGAAAAAUACAAGACUAAUAUUAUGCACAUUGCACCGCCAAUAGCAUUAUUAAUGACGUCACAUCCGUCCGCUUCGCCGAAAACCUAUCGGUACCUGGAGAUAAUACAUAACGGUGCAGCGCCAUUCGCAUCUUCAGAUGUUCACAGAUUAUUGGAGAAAUUUCAGCGCAAAAUAGACUUCCGGCAAGGAUACGGCCUGACAGAGACAUCGCCAGUAGUUGCUUUGCCAGUUCGACUAACAGAACACUAUGCUUCCGUUGGUGGACCCGUGCCUAACACAGAAGUGAAGAUCGUCGAUAGUAAUUUGAAAGAAUUGGGCCCUAAUGAGACAGGAGAGCUGCUAAUACGAGGUCCUCAGGUGAUGCGUGGUUAUAAGGACAAUCCUGAGGCCAAUAUAGAAACCUUCACAAAGGACGGGUGGUUCAAAAGUGGAGAUAUGGCAGUAAUCGAUGAGAAUGGACACAUCAUAAUUGCAGAUAGGAUUAAAGAACUCAUAAAGGUCAAAGGCUUCCAAGUGCCACCUGCAGAACUAGAGGGCGUGAUACGAGAACAUCCGUCAGUCCUCGAUGUGGCUGUCAUCGGCGUACCUCACAAGACACAUGGUGAAGCACCCAAAGCAUUUGUGGUACUUAAAAGUGGUCAAACACCAGAUAUUAAGGAUAUCAGCAGCUUUGUCAAUGAGAAGGUGGCGUCGUACAAGAGGAUCAGCGAUAUAGUAUUCCUGGAGAGCAUACCGAAGAGUGCUUCAGGGAAGAUUUUGAGAAAAGACUUGAAGGCUAAAUAUUGUUGAACUGUAAUAAUUGAUUGGUAGAUAGCUUUAAGUAUAACUGUUAAGAAAUAUCUGAAUGUGCACAGAUGUACACACAAACAGAUAAUAAAUUUUAAAACCUUUUAAACUUGGAUAAAAAUGCAUAUAGUAUAUACACAACUAUUUACAAAUGUAAUAAAAAUGCUUAUAGUAUGUCGGAGGGAAUUGUCUUUCGUGGAACAGGUUUACUAAAUGUAUAAAAUUGUACUGAUAUAUUUGUGAAUAAAGAUUAUUAUUUAGUUGGAGUAACGUGUACAAUUUGUUUUUAGAAAAAAACAUUUAAUGUACAACCAUGGCCUGUUUACGAUUGUAUUAUAUUGUAUAAUUAUAUUAUUGAAAAAUUAUA